GGUUCAUCGGGAUCCCCGGUCGUUGGCAAAAUUGGAAUUAGAUCAGUGAUCUACGGUUUUUUCACCUCGAUAAUCGCGGAAAAGUACAUCAUUCUCAGCGACAUGGUGGGCUACAGGAAUUUUGUGCAAACUGCGGCCAGACGUUUGCCCAGCUUGCCGAACGGUGCCAUCAGAAAGCUUCGCCGAGACGGCACGCGGUUCGAACUUGUCACCUGA